AUGGCUGCCGCAUGUCCUGCUACAUUGGCUCCAGCCAACAUGCAGAAACCGGAAGGCCUGGAUCUCUAUGCUCGAUUCGCGCUCGCCGGUGCUUUGGGUUGCUCCAUAACUCACGCUGUCUUCACACCCGUCGAUGUUGUCAAGACGAAGAUACAGCUUGACCCAGCAACCUAUAACCGUGGCAUGGUUGCAGGUUUCCGCCAAGUAAUACGCAACGAAGGGGUCGGUGGUCUACUGACAGGCUUGGGCCCAACGUUCACCGGCUACUUCAUCCAAGGAGGCGUCAAAUUUGGACUCUAUGAACUCUUCAAGAAACAAUCAAUUGAGAUCAUUGGACUCGAGAAAGUGAGAAGGAAUCGUACUGCAGUCUACUCCGUCUCGGCAGCCUGUGCUGAGUGUUGCUCUGCCGUCACACUUUGUCCCGCGGAAGCUACUCGCAUUAGACUUGUGUCCGUGCCUGGUUUCGCCAACGGAUUGAUAGGUGGGUUCAGCAAGAUCUUGAAGCAUGAGGGUGUUGGCGCAUUAUACUCUGGAUUCGGCCCCAUCUUGUUUAAACAAGUUCCAUACACGGUUACAAAAUUUGUCUCAUUCGAAAAGAUUUCCGAGUUCUUCUUCGCCCGUCUCGAUAACGCCAAGACCGGCACUACCCAGCUCAUGAUCAACAUGGGAUCCGGCCUCUUAUCAGGUUGUGCAGCUGCCAUCAUCUCGCAACCAGCCGACACGAUGUUGUCUAAAAUCAACAAGACGAAGGGGUUGCCCGGCGAAAGGACUGCGUUUCGUCUUUACAAGAUUGCGGGCGAGCUCGGAUUCCGUGGUUCAUUCGCCGGGCUCCCGGCACGUCUGUUCAUGAUUGGUGGGCUCACCGCUGGCCAAUUUGCCAUCUAUGGCAGCAUCAAAACGGCUCUCGGUAUAGGCGUUCGACUUUCUUUUCAUGGCUUAGCUGACUAUAGGCAUUUAGGUGCUACUAAUGGUGUGGAGAUCUCAAAGUGA